CCAACACACGCUUUCCAGAUUGACUUGCCGGCGUGAAGUCGGCUCGCACUUUGCAAUUGAAAGCUUACCAUCACUGAACAUUCAGUACAUCACUACGGGUCCGGUAUGGUGCCAUGGAACUACCGCAAGAACUAUGAUAUGAAUACCUAGGUAAGUGACACUAUAAAUACCAACAUUUUUUGUUUGCAUCUCUCCAUUCACCCUAAUGUAUCUCCUCCUCUGUUCUUUUUUCUCCUUCUACAUAGGGACCCUCGUUUUGUACAGGCUUCUUUUUCAUCCCCUUCGCACAUUUCCUGGACCAGUCAUAGCAGCUCUCACGGACUGGUAUGAAGGAUACUUCAACAUUGUCAAAGGAGGAGCAUUUAUUACAGAGCUCGAAAGACUUCAUAAAGUAUAUGGUAAGCUUGGUGGGCCUCCGAUUAGUUCUCCGGCGCAUCUUAACAAUUUCAUCCUCAGUCCGAUGAAGGGUAUUUAAAAACCACGAUGCACAGCUGCAUUUCAACGACCGGCAUGCUUAUCAUGACAUGUAUACACACGGGUCAAC